GCACAAUGUCAGAUUUAAACCCAGUUUCUGUUCCACUAAUUAAUUGUUGGCUUUAUUUUUAUGAAAUUCAGUAGCUCGUCAUGCCAAAGCAUUUUAUUUAUACAUUUAUAUUUGCUAUAUAAAUCCAUUGAAUCUGACAUAUUGAAAGUAUUUGUAAAGCCAAUAAAACAAAUCUUGCAGUAACAUCGUCUGCGAUGUGAUUUUUUUUUUUGUGAUCCAUUUCACGCGUCUUUGUUUCAUCAUCUGCGUAUUUUUGUCUUCCUGCAUAAAAAAGUGUGCGCAAUAAUACUACCACAAAGAAAUGACUCCAAGUACGUCAGCGCCAUCAAUCUAAGUGACGUGUGUGUGUGUGUGUUUCAUGCAGGGAGGGAGGGCAGCAGAAACACACACACACACAGGUCCAUGAGUGAACUACUGUCUACAGUAUAUAAGGUUGUGCCCAGUGGCAUAGAGGGAACCAGAGGAGCAGGGAGCAGACUAACUAAAAGCAAUCGUUGGCUGUUUCAAUGGGCUUUAAUUGAACUCUGCAGGUGAAAAAGAGAAAAAAAAAAAAAAAAAAAAAAAGUCAGCGCAGGAUUCCCCCCCCCAACUCCUCCUAACAAAACCACAUCAGCUCCCCGGUCAGGUCGUAGUUUCAGCCUUUUAGUGAAGAUGCUGUGGAGGAUGACCGUCGCCUUGGCUGUGAUGUGCGUCGGAGGCGCGUGCGACAGCGUGGGAGCCGACGUGAUGAGCAGACUGAUGGUGCCCAGGGACUACGGCGUGAAGCUGUGCGGGAGAGAGUUCAUCAGAGCCGUCAUUUUCACCUGCGGCGGCUCCCGGUGGAAGCGGUCCACGGACGGGGAAUCGGACCCGUUCGGCUGGACGUCCCUCCGUGAUGCUGCGGUCGAGGACGAGCGGCAGACCUGGCAGCGUGGCACAGAUCUCACAGACGACGGCGCUCCUCUGCCCGCCUCCUCCUCCUCCUACUCCCUAGCCGACCUCUUGACCCACUACAGAGCCACCAACGACAGACAGCAGUCCUCCUCGAGCUUCCCGGGCCUGCCGAGGGAGUCCACGGCUUUAGGAGAGCAGGAGAGAAGAGAUGCGGCCGAGCGGCUCGCAGCGAGCAGGAAGAAGAGGAACUUUUCUCUGGGCGUGGCGGGGAUGUGCUGUAACCAAGGCUGCACCAAGAACGAUAUCGGACGGUUGUGCUGAGGCAGGAAGGAGGAAGAGGAGGGGGGGUAAAAAAGGCUGCUGAGGCUAAAGAUUAGGCACUGUACAGUAAUCUGGUCGGAGCAAAGAGAGGGGAAAGGGUUGGUUUAUAGUUAAUAGCAGCCAUUAACCCUCUUCUUAUUUGACCAAAAAUCCUGUUCUGUAUGUAGACUCGCCUUCCCUGAAACAUGGAAUAAAUUUUAAUUACUAUGUUGAUA